AAGUCUGAAGAGCCAUCCCCGGCCAUAGCUUCGUUCGUCGCCAUUUUCAAGCGUCGAGUUCGAUUCUUUCCCUCUCAUGGCACCUCCGCGAAUUCUUCUCUGCGGUGACGUCUUGGGCCGCCUCAACCAGCUCUUCAAACGAUUCGCAGCGGUCAAUAAAUCGGCGGGUCCAUUCGAUGCCUUACUAUGCGUAGGACAGUUCUUCCCAGACUCGCCUGAGAGGCUCGACGAGUUCACGGAAUACGUCGAAGGCCGGUCCGAAAUCCCUAUUCCCACUUACUUCAUCGGCGAUUAUGGUGUUGGUGCCCCUAAAGUCCUGUUAGCCGCUUCAAAGGAGUCCGGAAACCAAGGAUUCAAGAUGGACGGCCUGAAAGUUUGCGAGAAACUUUACUGGUUGAAAGGCAGUGGAAAGUUCACUCUCCAUGGAUUAUGUGUGGCGUAUUUAUCUGGUAGGCAUUCUUCGAGUGGUCAACAAUUUGGGACAUACAGUCAGGAUGAUGUUGAUGCUUUGCGCGCAAUUGCUGAGGAUCCUGGAAUUGUUGAUAUAUUCCUUACUAAUGAAUGGCCAAGUGGGGUUACAAAUAGUGCAUCAGCAUCUGAUGUUCCCCCUGGAAUCUCAGAAUCCUCGGGUAGUGACUCCACAGUUGCGGAGUUAGUAUCUGAGAUCAAGCCACGCUAUCAUAUUGCAGGUGUCGAGGGCGUGUUCUAUGCUCGGGAACCUUACUCGAAUGUUGAUGCCGUGCAUGUGACCCGCUUCAUUGGUCUUGCUGCAGUUGGAAAUAAGGAUAAGCAGAAAUUUAUCCAUGCAAUUUCUCCAACUCCUGCAUCAAUGAUGUCUGCUGCUGAGAUUAGUAUGAAGUCAACAAACACUACCUCAUCUCCUUACUCAAUACCACAGAUGGUUGAUGGAAAUGAAUCUACAAAGAGAUCUAGCGAUAGCGUUACCGAUUCACAAUACUGGAGAUAUGAUGUCUCCACAAAAAGGCAGAAACAAGGCGCUGGAAAUGGUGAUAAGCUGUGUUUUAAAUUUGUGUCCUCUGGCACUUGUCCACGAGAGGAAAAUUGUCACUUUCAACAUGAUAUGGCUGCAAGGGAGCAAUUUAUGAGGGGCGUUUGUUUUGAUUUUAUUAAUAAGGGGAAAUGCGAAAGAGGUCCAGAUUGCAACUUCAAGCACAGUUUACAGGAAGAAAGUGAAGGCGAUUCUCACAGGAGACGAGGAUCUGAUAAUGCUUCAACUAAUAGAUCAAAAGAGUGCUGGUUUUGUAUGUCAAGUCCCAAUGUAGAGUCGCAUCUGAUCAUCAGUAUUGGAGAAAAUUUCUACUGUGCAUUGGCUAAAGGGCCACUCGUGAAAGACCAUGUUUUGGUGAUUCCAGUGGAGCAUUUGCCUAACACUAUUGCUCUGUCCCAGCAGUGUGAAAGUGAGCUUGAUAUAUUCCAAAGUAGUCUCAAGAAGUUUUAUAAGAACCAAGGGAAGGAAGCUGUUUUUUUUGAGUGGGUUUCAAAACGAAGUACACAUGCUAAUCUCCAGGUCAUUCCUGUUCCAUCAUCCAAGGCAGCUGCUGUUCAAAAUAUAUUUAAUUUUGCUGCUGACAAGAUGGGCUUCAAAUUUGCAGUCAUGAAAUUCAAUAAUAAUUCUGAUGGACGAAAUUAUCUGAGGACACAGUUUGACAGGAAUCUUAGCUUUUUCUAUGCUGAACUCCCUGAUGGCACUAUUUUGUCCCAUGUGGUGGAAGAAAAUGAGAAAUUCCCAGCCCAAUUUGGACGCGAGGUUCUGGCAGGCUUGCUGGGCAUGGCAAAGAGAGCUGAUUGGAGGAAUUGUACUUGCAGCAAAGAAGAAGAGACGGAGAUGGCAGGCGACUUCAAGACUCAAUUCCAAGAAUUUGAUCCUAACGAGUGAUUUCUAGCAGGAGGUCUAGUUCUGGCAAUCUUUAGUUAACAAUUCUACGUGUACUUUAAAUCAGUCUCUCCACCAUUUGGUGAUCAAUGUUGCUCAAGCCUGUGAUUAUCAUGUUGUCACUUGAAAGUGCAGGUAGACUGUGUUCUAGAACUGACGUACUGGUUUAGAUGACCACCAUUCUUGGUUGAUCUCGGUUCAAAUUCAUUUUAAUUCAAUUUUGGGUGGACAGCCCCCAUCUCCUUCGCCAGGUUGACUGGGACAUUGGUGCGAGUAUAGCUAACACAGUGAAUACUAAUUCAAACCCCAUUCCCCGUUUCCCAUUUUUUUUGUUCUAUUAUUGUCCUAGGCCUUUGGUGUUCAUAUUUUGCAGCUAUGUAUCUUUAUAGUUUAUUACACUAGGCGUUGUAAUUUUGGUGCCACUCCUUUAAAAAAACUUGCUAUAAUUUUAUUGCAUUCUUGGUGA